AUGUAUAGUUUUAGUCAAAGAGCAAACACCAUCGUUUGUUUCGGUGGUAUUGUUUUAGUAGGUGUUUUACUUUUAAAUUGUCUCAGUAGAGCUUUCUUUUCAGAUCAUAUUAAUGUAGAUAUUAAAUUAAAUGAAAUUCACAAAUAUAAUAAACAACGUAAUUUUGAAUACUCAGUAUUCUCAGUAGAUUUAGAUACAGAUUUAACUCCAUUAUUUAAUUGGAAUACCAAGAUGUUAUUCCUUUAUAUAACAGCAGAAUAUCAAACUAAAAAUAAUGUUUUAUCACAAGUUGUAAUUUGGGAUUACAUUCUCACCGAUAAAACCAAAGCAAAUAUUCACGAAAAACGUUUAUCUAAAUACCCACUUAUCGAUCAAGGUUUAGGUUUAAAGUAA